AUGAUUUCGUACCCGAAUCAGUUUCUAACAAAUCAAGAAAUGAGGAUAUGCUUAAACGUCAAUUGUCGUCACCGGAAAUCCUCGUAUUUUCCCGAAGCUGAGAAUACUCCACCAGGGUAUUGGAAACCAUUUUUAACAGAGACAACCAUAUCACCUCGGCAUUGA